GGUCGACACUGUCCAGACACUGUCGUCAGUCGUCGUGUGUUUUCUCCGUUUUCUCUAAAAAAAAAAUAUAAUUUUAACACGUUUUUCACGAUACUAAAGCAGAAAAAUGAGAAUUGAAACGUGUUAUUUUUGUUCGUCGAGAGUUUAUCCCGGACAUGGAAUUCAAUUUGUUCGCAAUGACUGCAAAAUUUUCAAAUUUUGCCGAUCGAAAUGUCACGCGGCCUUCAAGAAGAAGAAGAAUCCAAGAAAGGUGAAAUGGACAAAGGCCUACAGAAAAACAGCCGGCAAAGAAUUGGCAAUUGAUCCGACAUUUGAAUUUGAAAAGAGGCGAAAUAUUCCAUUGAAAUAUAAUCGUGAAAUUUGGUCCAAGACAAUUGAGGCAAUGAAGAAAGUUGAAGUGAUUCGACAGAGGAGACAAAAUACACACAUUAUGCAAAGAUUGCGCGUUGGACGUGAAGUUGAGAGGGAGAAGAAUAUUAAGCAAGUGCAAAGAAAUAUUUCGUUGAUUCGUUCGCCAGCGGCCGGUCUCAAGGAGCGUAAAAAAUUGGAGGAAUCGAUGGAGACUGACGAUGAGGAAAAUGAUAAUGAUAAUGACAAUGACAAUAGUAUCGUUGAUGAACAACUCGUCGAGGAAAUUGACAUUACAAAAGCGCAGAAAAAUAUUUCCUUCAAUAAAUCGCCAAUUGCCAAGCAAAAGAAACAAAAGGGAAAAUCGAAACAGAAAAUUCAAGACGAGGAAAUGCUUCUCGAAGAAAAUUAACGUCUUGUGCGAUAAUACAAAAUUAUAAUAAUUAAAAGUUUGAGUGAUAAUUAAAAAAUUUUUUUUUAUUGAUAAUUAUAAAAUUUUUUUUUAUUGAUAAUUAUAAAAUUUUUUUUAUUGAUAAUUAUAAUAUAAUAAUUAGAAUUUGACAAUUAUUACCGAUUUCGAAGUAUUUUCGAAGAAAAGAACGAUUAUUGCAAAGUUGUGUAUAUACCUUAACGUAAGAAUUAUUUUUUCUCUCUUCAAGAAAUUGUGUAUUUUUAGAGUUAAUAAAAACUAAUUUCGAAA